CAGCACAAGCUGUGUCCUGGGAGGCUACACCAAAGAACUGCAGAUUUGGGUUGUUUCAGGCUAAAUUCAUCUAUCCAGUGUGGUGACUUUUGGGGGCCUGAGCAGCCUGCUGGCACCCAGGUUGCUCCCUCCCCACAGAGAGCACACCCCACCAGGCAGAACCCGCUGACUGCUUUCCUUCAAGACCAUCUUUUCCCUGAGCAUCUUUUUACCAAGAGAUACUCCCACACAAUUGUUCCCUUAACUGCUGUGUAGGGAGAUUAUUUAUGGCUCCAACUGCGCUGGGGCCCCACCUCCCACAUCCCCAGGACAGGUUUUACCACGCUGGCGUUCUUGCCUUCGUCCCGAUGGAGCGAUGCUGGUGCUGGCAGACACCCCAGGGCCGCGUCCUCACCCAGCCUUAGCAGGGCUGCCUGAGGAUGCCUUGCCCUGCCUGGCUCCGGACCUGACGCCUGCGUUCCCCUCUCCGUCAGCAUGGCGCAGGCGGGAGGCCUCAUCCACCUCCCCACCGCUGAGGGCUGCGCCGCCUCUCCCCCACCCUUCUCCCACCACGGAGACCACCGGCCCUGGCCUCCAGCCGCCGCCAGCCCCGAGCCGGGCCGCCGCAGCCCCCCGCGCUGCCUCACCCCCAACCUCAACGCCGGCCGCCUCCACCUCCUGCGCAAGGGCCUGGCCCCCGACGCCCGCCGCUGCCCCCUCGGCCUCUACAACAGCACGGGCUCCCUGGCCCACAAGCCAACAGAGACGGGGCCCUUCGGCAACGGCGGCUGCCCGGGCGGGGGGCGCCUGACGGCCCCCUGCACCCCGCGGAGGGGCCAGCAGGUUGCGGGGCUCGCCUCGCCCGGCAGCCGCAGCCCGCUGGUGGCCCCCGAGGGACGCAGCUCCGUCGUCACCUUCCGCUUCAUCGAGAAGGCCAGCGUGCGGCCCCUCGGCGGCCCCCCGGCCCCCCGGGAGAACGGGCCCUGUGGUGUGGAGCUCGGAGAGGGCUGGUGUGUGCCCCCCAGCCAGCCCCAGCCCCAGGAGCGGCUGCUCCGCAAGCUGAAGCUGGAGGCCUCCGUGUCCGACCCACUCCUGGCUGGCAGCAGGUCCCCGGGGGAGACGCGUCCCCGCGGGGGCGGGAGGGACGCCUGCACCCUCGCUGCCAGCUGCCUCUUCAGCUCCCUCACCAACGGGCUGCAGGCCCCACCGGGGGACGUCCCUGCUGGCCCCCGGCCCCAGGGCAGCGCCUGGCCAUGCCCCCGGCAGAGCUCAGCCCAUGCCCAGCGCAUCGCCAGGGCCAAGUGGGAGUUCUUCUAUGGCUCACUGGAGGCCCCAAAGGCAGGCUCCUCGCCCCCCCUUGCUGAGCCGUCCCCGAAUCCUGGCUGCCUGCUGCCCGUGGAGCCACAGAAGUCGGUGCCCGAGCACGGCCUGAGCCACGUGGAGGUGGAGAUCGAGGUGUCCCCGCUGGGCGGCAAGGAGCACGGCUCCUGUGAGACGGGCAUCAUAAGGAGGACGGUGAAGUACUCCGAGACAGACCUGGACACCGUGCCGCUGCGGUGCUAUCGUGAAACCAACAUCGAUGAUAUCCUGGCUGAGAAGGAUGAGGUGGAUUCGGCUAUUGAGAGCCAAAAGGACAGCGAGAGCAACCCCAGCUUCAUGGGGACCCCAGGCCGGAGGAACAGCACACCCGAGGGGCUCUCUGAGCACAGCACCAAGCGCGCGAAGGACGGACUGCGUGGCAGAGACGUGGAGGAGGACAAUGAGGUGUUCGAGGCCAUGAGGAAGGAGAACAGGGAAAGGAUCAUGGAUCGAGACACGCAGGGUAUGCUCAAGUCUCCAGUGCCUUUCCUGCUAGGGCACAGCCUCUCCAAGGAUGGCAUGGACUCUUUCAGCAAGCAUUUUGAGAGCAUCAUGGAGUCCCAUCGAGCCAAAGGCACGUCUUACACCAGCCUGGACUCCAUUGACAUCCUCUCCUCCCCAGCCCGCACCCAUGGGACCUUUUUCACUUUUGACCUCCCAACCCUCACCCCAGAAGUACAGGGACAGAUCCGAGACAGCGCCAAGCUGAUCGAGGAGAACUUUGCUCCUCUGGCUCACUUGGAGCCGGACUCUGGGACCAGCUCGGCCACAGAUGUGCCCUGGACCGAGAGGGAGGAGGAGCGAGGCAGGCAAAGGAAAGGCGUUCGGCGCAGCCCUUGCUGCUCAGAGGACAGCUUUGGCACUCCCUUGGCCUCCAACAUGAGGUGAGUGACCAAAUGUGCUUGCUGGGCCGCCAAGGCUCGGUGUGGAGUCUAACCCCGUGCUGCUUGUUUGUAGCCCGGGCCUAACCUCUGCUGCCAGGGAAAGGGAAGGGUCAGGACUGGGCUGUGCUGGUGUCCUGUGAGGUGGCUGGUCAGGCCAGUAGUCAUCGUCCUGUUGUGGCAGGCAUGUAGGUGAGAGCACAUCCCAUGUUUCAUCUUCCCCAGCUGUGUUGGAAGC